AUGUCACAUCAACAAGGAUCAACAGCCAAUGACUAUGGCAUCUCUGGCACAUCUGCCGAGGACCGCAAUGCAUACACGCGGAUCCGCCUGCUGCCCGUGGCCAAGACUAAGAGUCUGGUGGAAGAUGCGUUCAGCAAGGGCGCCAAGCUCGAGGGUGGCGUCGACUUGGCGACGGCGAUCACAGAGGACGGCGGCCAUGGACCUGUUUUAUAUGGAGAGCUUCGCGCCGACGGUGGGCCUCUUGAGGUUGACACAGAAGAAGAAGCGAUUGCACUGGCCAACGACACCGAGUACGUGCACGACGAGACGAUCCUGCCACACGGCGGCAUGAAAUCGAGCGGCGUCGGGCGGUUCGACGCAAACUUGUCCGAGUGGGUGCAAACCAAGUCCAUUGCCUACCGGGUGUAG